GGAUAACUGUGUUCAACCCUGCAUCAUGUCAAGUUAACACGGUCAACUGCCAGCUCUGGACUGUUCCUCAGCAACCUGGUAUAUUUAUGAAUGGAGACUUCAUAAUUGGAGGGAUUUUCACUAUUCAUUAUUACACAAAAUCUGAACAAAUUACCUACACCAGGCUGCCAUCACAGCUACAGUGCUCUGGAAGGUUGGUCAUGGAUUUCAGGGAACUGCGCUUCGCCCGUGCUUUGGAGUUUACCAUCCAUGAGAUCAACAACAGAACAGAUCUUCUUCCAGGCAUCACAUUAGGCUACCAGAUACAUGAUUCAUGUUCUACUGUGCCAAUGGCAAUAAAAGUUGCAUUUCAGCUUGCAAAUGGUUUUGAGUCAGAUUUCAACAGCACUAAUUCCUGUUCAAACUCCGCUGUCGCUGCUGUAACAGCUGUCAUAGGAGAUUCCGCUUCCACGCCAUCAAUCAGUAUAGCCAGAGUGCUCGGUCUUUUUAGCAUCCCACAGGUGAGUCACUAUGCGACCUGUGCCUGUCUUAGUGACAAGAGCCAAUAUCCUGCCUUCUUUAGGACCAUACCUAGUGACCACCACCAAGCAGCUGCACUGGCAAGAAUGGUCAAGCUUUUUGGUUGGACAUGGAUUGGAGCAGUGCGCAGCGACACAGACUAUGGAAAUAAUGGUAUGGCAUCAUUCCUAAAGGCUGCACAAGAGGAGGGGAUUUGUGUGGAGUAUUCUGAGGUCUAUUAUCGGACGCAGUCACGCAAUAAAUUGGAGAGAGUAGCAAAUGUGAUCCGCAGAUCAACAGCCCGGGUUCUAAUUGCAUUUAUGCACUCAGGGGAAAUGAGAUUUCUUUUAGAAGAACUGGCACGACAGCCACCACCUCCACUUCAGUGGAUUGGGAGUGAAACGUGGAUCAUUGAUCCUGAUUUUCUGCGGUAUAACAUGUGUGCUGGUGCAGUAGGGUUUGGUGUUCCCCAGUCUGUUAUUCCAGGACUUCGGCAGUUUCUUUUAGAACUCACUCCAGCCCAGGCACUGAAAUCACCCCUGUUAAAAGAAUUUUGGGAAAGCUCAUUCAACUGUUACCUUAAAGAGCAAACAGAUGACACCAAAGGUGUGAGGGAAUGUGAUGGCAGUGAAGACAUUCACACACUUCAGAACCCAUACUUAGACACGUCUCAGUUACGGGUCACUAACAUGGUGUACAAAGCAGCAUAUGCUAUAGCACAUGCCAUCCAUGGACUAAUCUGCAAUGACACCCAAUGUGACAAGAAUAUUAAAUUUACACCAUGGCAGAUGCUAAAUCAGCUCAAACUAGUGAACUUUACUACGAAGAAUGGUUUUAAGGUGUCGUUUGAUUCUAAUGGAGACCCUCCGGCUAUCUAUGAACUCAUAAACUGGCAGUUUAAGAAUGACGGUACUUUAGAUUUUGUCACAGUUGGUCAGUAUGACUCUUCCAGACCGAGAGGACAGGAGUUCAAAAUGAGCAGAAAUAUCAGUUGGGUUGGAGGACAGAAAGAGGUACCAGUGUCUGUAUGCAGUGAGAGCUGCCCCCCAGGCACCAGAAAAGCUGUACAGAAGCGAAGGCCUGUUUGCUGUUUUGACUGUAUACCAUGUGCUGAAGGAGAGAUCAGCAAUAAGACAGACUCUGUGGAUUGUUUGCGCUGCCCUCCUGAGUUUUGGCCCAACCCAAAGCGAGAGAGCUGCCUCCCCAAGCCUGUUGAGUUCCUGUCCUGGGACGACACUCUGGGCAUCAUCCUAACAGUAUUUUCAAUUGCUGGGGCCUUCAUGGCUGUGUGUGUGGCUGCUGUAUUCUACAAGCACAGGGCCUCUCCUAUUGUUAGGGCCAACAACUCGGAGCUGAGCUUCCUCCUGCUCUUCUCUCUGACUCUGUGUUUUCUCUGCUCACUUACAUUCAUUGGUCAGCCCUCUGAGUGGUCCUGUAUGCUGCGACACACAGCGUUUGGAAUCACCUUCGUCCUCUGUAUCUCCUGUGUUCUGGGAAAAACAUUAGUUGUGUUAAUGGCCUUCAGGGCAACACUUCCAGGUAGUAAUGUCAUGAAAUGGUUUGGACCUCCACAGCAGAGACUCAGUGUACUUGUCUUCACUCUCAUACAGGUUCUGAUUUGUGUGCUUUGGUUGAAAAUAUCGCCUCCUUUCCCCUUUAAAAAUUUAAAACAUUACAAGGAAAGAAUUAUCUUGGAAUGUGGCUUAGGGUCAGCUAUAGGAUUCUGGGCUGUACUGGGGUAUAUAGGUGUCUUGGCCCUUUUGUGCUUUAUCUUGGCCUUUCUGGCUCGUAAACUGCCUGAUAACUUUAAUGAAGCUAAAUUCAUCACAUUCAGUAUGCUAAUAUUCUGUGCAGUUUGGAUCACCUUUAUUCCAGCUUAUGUCAGCUCUCCUGGAAAAUUCACUGUAGCUGUGGAGAUCUUUGCUAUUUUAGCAUCAAGUUUUGGUUUGAUCAUUUGUAUUUUUGCUCCCAAAUGUUUCAUAAUCAUUUUCAGGCCAGAUCAGAAUACCAAAAAGCACCUUAUGGGUAAAGUACCCUCUAAGGCUCUCUGAGAGCCUCAGUCAAAUAGCAGAGGAAACAUUAUGGUCCAGAACCUUGACUUAAACUUUUCAAUUAUCUUUUGUGUAAAUAUGUAAAGUAUAAGGGACUUGAUCAUUUUUCUUACAUGAACGCCAGGAAUUAAAAUUAUUUCUUAUAUAGUUAAAGACUUUAAGGUGAAUUUAAACCACUUCCUUAUAAUAAGCUCUUUGAUUAACAAAAUUUCUGAUUUUCAC